CUAGUUCAUCGCAGCAGUCACCCUGCUUAUAUGAACACGUCCCUACCAUCGAAAUGGGCACACUAUAUCCUUGAGCGACAAGAUUCGGACCUUGAUACGCUAUGGGAAGAGAUGGUCGACCAAAACAAUCAAGCAGGAGGGGAUCCCUUUCCAUUCACCAAGGGCACCGUAAAGCAUUACAUGGAUCAUUUACUCAGAACUAAUGAUACCGGUAAUGUAGGCUCAGAUAAUGAGCCCAAUAUUGGGCUAGAAGGUGAUGACACUACCUAUGACCCCUGUCCACCCCCCGCCUUUAUGGAUGAAGAACUCGAAGGAAUGGACAUAGAUACUUGGGCCGACGAAGGAGACUCUAUUCCACCUGUUCUCCCACCCGGAAAAGAUAGUGACGACAAUGACGAUGAAGAGCCCGAAUAUUAUGGCGCCAUUUCACCUGGACCUUUAGGGGAGAUGUCUCAAGAAGUGAAUGGAAAGAGUUAUGACGAAGGAGACAACCAACAGAUCAAAGCGGCACUCGAUCUCUUGGCUUCUUUAGGUCACGAUAUGGAACCGGAUGAGGUCGAAGAGUUCGAUGCGAGUCUCUUGAUCCUGAAGCGAGUGAUUCGUCGGCACCAACAACGAAUCCGGAUGGCUUGA